AUGGAGGUAUUUAGAAGUUGGAUUUUAAUUCUAAUAUAUUAUGGCUUAUUGCCAUUUAAUGAAGCGUAUGAAAAUCAAAUGAAAAUAGACUUUUUAAAGGAUUAUUUUAAAUUCGAACACAAUACUCGAUUUAUUCUUCAUGUUUGCUUUCCAAUAGAUCUGGCAACUAAAAAAGAAUUAAGUCUCUGUAAUCAGUUCAAUAAUGUAAAAGAUCCGGCUUAUUUUAUAAACGAUAAUAUAGAUCAUCGAAUGAUUCGAGUAUUAGAUAUGGAUUGCCCAUCAGCAAAUGAUAUACUAAUGGAGGCAAAUUCAACAUUGCAUUUUACGUUUCCAAAUAGAUGGGUACUUUUAUUUGGUAAAAAUACAAGUGAUGUUAAUGAGUCUUUACUCCUAGAUAUUGAUAGUAAUGUUAUUACUGCCAAAAUUUUUAGUGAAGAGUUAAUAAAUUUAAAGCAACCUUACAAAUACAAUCGUUUUGAGACAUUCUUAGAUGCACAUGUGGAUUCAGUUGGUAAAGUGGCCUAUAAUGUGAAUAAAUUACUAUGUUCUUUUGUCAAUGCCACACAAAGGCACAAACUCACAUACAGUUGGGGCCUUCAGGACUCAAAUGGAACAUGGAAUAAAGGUUCAAUGAUAGAUAGAAUACGUAGGAGAGAAGAUGAAGUGAAUGGCAUGGGAAUGGCUAUUUUCCCAAAUCGAUUACCCGCAGUCAAAUAUUUGGCCAAAACAUCAGACAGUCGAGCAGGUUUUAUAUUUCGAAUGCCUGCUUUAUCAUAUGUUAGUAAUAUUUUACGCUUGUCCUUUCAAACCAAAUUGUGGGCAGGUUUAGGAGUCCUCUUAUUGUUGAUGAUGGUAAUAAUGAAAUAUUUAUUUACGUUUGAAGUUAAAAGAAAUAGAUCUAGAGAUAAAGCUUAUAAUGUUGAAAAUUGCGAUCUUCAAAAAGGUUGGGCAUCUUUGUCUGUGUUUCUGGUCGGUUCAUUAUGCCAGCAAGGUGUGGAGAAAGAACCCGUGGGUAUUUCCGGCCGUGUGGGUACAUUUUUUGUAUAUCUGGCCAUGCUAUUCAUUUAUACAUCAUAUUCAGCAAAUAUUGUCGCUCUUCUACAAGCUUCAGCGAGUAUUGGAAACGUCGAUGAAUUUAUGCAAAGUCCAAUUAAAGCAGGUUUUCUAGAUUUUGAAUUGUCUAGAAUAUUGUUCGAGAAAUCAUCAAAUCCAAUACGAAAAAAAAUUUACGAAGAGAAAGCUGGACCAAAAUCGUAUUAUUCAUAUGUAAAGGGGGUGGAAAAAAUAAGGAACGGCCUUUUUGCAUUUUAUGGAGAACCAGGUAUUGUAUUUCAUUAUGUAAGUAAGACAUUUGAAGAAAGUGAAAAAUGUGAUUUACAAGAAAUCCCUACUCCUGGCGAGUUUUCAGUGUUGUUUCAUGCAACACCUCAUAAAUCACCGUACAUUGAGAUAUUUAAAAAUGGAUUACUGCGAAUAGAUGAGACAGGUUUGCAAGAAAAAUGGUAUUUAAGAUAUUAUAAAUCUCAAGUAAAAUGUGGAGCAUCUGUAGCAAAUUUUGUUCAAGUUGGAAUACGAGAAAGUUAUUGGGCAUUUAUUAUUUGGUCAUUUGGUGUUGGAGCAGCAAUUUUAAUAGUUUAUUUGUCGACUAAAAAGCAAUUGAGUCUUCGUAAUCAAUACAAUGACGUAAAAAAUUCAGUUUAUUUUAUAAACGAUAAUUUAGAUCAUCGAAUGAUUAGAGUAUUAGAUAUGGAUUGUUCUUCAGCAAAUAAUAUCCUUUUACAGGCAAAUUCAACAUUACAUUUUACUUUACCUAACAGGUGGUUGCUUUUAUUUGGAAAAAAUACAACUGAUUUAAGUGAAUCUUUGUUACUGGAUAUUGAUAGUAAUGUUAUUACAGCGAAAAUAUAUAAUGAGAAGUUAAUACAUUUGAAGCAACCUUACAAAUACAAUCGUUAUGAAACAUUUUUGGGUAAUGCUUAUGCUAACACAUAUAAUCAUAGGUAA